GGAGUUAAAUACUCAGUCUGCACCGGCGCUGGGACAGAGAAGCCAGAGCGGCACCAUGGCUGGCAAGAAAGUCUGCAUUGUCGGCUCCGGCAACUGGGGCUCAGCCAUUGCCAAGAUCGUGGGUGGUAAUGCAGCCCAGCUAGCACACUUUGACCCACGAGUGACCAUGUGGGUGUUUGAAGAAGACAUUGGGGGAAGAAAGCUGACGGAGAUUAUCAACACGCAGCAUGAGAAUGUUAAAUACCUGCCUGGGCAUAAGCUGCCCCCCAAUGUGGUGGCUGUCCCAGAUGUGGUCCAGGCUGCAGCCGAUGCUGACAUCCUGAUCUUUGUGGUGCCCCAUCAGUUCAUUGGCAAGAUCUGUGACCAGCUCAAGGGACACUUGAAGGCCAACACCAUCGGCAUAUCCCUCAUUAAGGGAGUAGACGAAGGCCCCAAUGGUCUGAAGCUCAUCUCUGAAGUGAUUGGGGAGCGUCUUGGCAUCUUCAUGAGCGUGCUGAUGGGGGCCAACAUUGCCAGCGAGGUGGCUGAUGAGAAGUUCUGUGAAACCACCAUUGGCUGCAAGGACCUGACCCAGGGACAGCUUCUGAAAGAACUGAUGCAGACACCCAAUUUCCGCAUCACUGUGGUGCAAGAGGUGGACACAGUAGAGAUCUGCGGGGCCUUAAAG